AUGAAUAGUAUCCCUCUAAUUCUAACCAAGGUUUGUUUCUUCUUCUUUUUUUUUUCAAAAAUAAGUUCAAAGGUAAACUCAAGUCAAAUAAAGAUUUUUCAGCCAACGCAGUCGUUAUUCGAUGCUCUCCGUUUGGCCGACCAUGUGUCGUGCCCAUACGAACGACGCUACCGAAAACAUCGAAAAAGAUCAGCGGCUGCAAAAAAAGCAAGAGUAACUGCAAAAAGUAUGCCGACACUUAUCGAACAUCCGCAUAUUCAUACGUCAAUUUCGACUAAUCAAAUUGAACCGAAAUAUUUUUCUUGUCAGAGUGAUAACGAUGAAGAGGUUAGUUUUAUGGGAGGGUCAUUAGAGACAUCAUACAAAGUUUUUGGGUAA